AUCAUGAAUGGCGAGGAGCAGUACUAUGCGGCCACACAGCUUUACAAGGAGCCCUGCGCGUUCCAGAGAGGACCCGUGCCUGAGUUCAGUACCAGCCCCCCUGCGUGCCUGUACAUGGGUCGCCAGCCUCCACUGCCACCACCACCCCAGUUCCCUGGAUCGAUGGGAGCGCUGGAGCAGGGAAGCCCUCAGGAUAUCUCCCCAUAUGAGGUGCCCCCACUCGCCGACGAUCCUGCAGUGGCGCACCUCCACCACCAUCUCCCUGCUCAGCUUGCGCUCCCCCACCCGCCCGCCGGGCCCUUCCCGGAUGGAAGGGAGCAGGGGGCCCUGGAAGAGCCCACCCGCGUUCAGCUACCUUUCCCGUGGAUGAAGUCCACCAAAGCUCACGCAUGGAAAGGCCAGUGGGCAGGCGGCGCGUACGCAGCGGAGCCGGAGGAGAACAAGCGGACGCGCACGGCCUAUACGCGCGCGCAGCUGCUGGAGCUGGAGAAGGAGUUCCUUUUCAACAAGUACAUCUCGCGGCCACGCCGGGUGGAGCUGGCGGUAAUGCUGAACUUGACCGAGAGACACAUCAAGAUCUGGUUCCAAAACCGCCGUAUGAAGUGGAAAAAGGAAGAGGACAAGAAGCGUGGCGGCGGGACUGCGACCGGGGGUGGCGGGGGCGUGGAGCCCGAGCAGGACUGCGUUGUGACCUCGGGAGAAGAGCUGUUGGCAUUGCCGCCGCCGCCACCUCCCGGAGGUGCAGUGCCACCUGGUGCCCCCGCUGCCGCCCGAGAGGGCCGCCUGCCGCCGGGCCUUAGCACGUCGCCGCAGUCCUCCAGCAUCGCGCCCCGGCGGCCGCAGGAACCCCGGUGAGAGGCCGGGGUUGCACCGGGCCCAGCAGGCUUCGACCACUCGCAGAGGACGGGGAGCGGGCCUAGGACCCCAGG